CUUGCUGUAGCAGACACAUUGCAGUCGCAAACGCUUGCACUCACAUCGACAUGCUCUCUGCAUCAGAACCAACAAAUCACAGACUCACGCAGUUCAAGAAUACAGAGCAGGAACGGAAAGGCAAAAACGAGGCAUUGAUUGAUGGCAAUAAGCGACAUCAGUGGGGAUUCUACCGCACGGUUAUAUGAAGGUUCUUUGUGCCUAUAGGUGAUGGUUUCCUACUUUGAGGGCAGGAUUUCCCUGGACCGUUUGGAAAAGUAAAAACAAAAAAGCUGUGGCGAGAGAAAUCGAGGGGUGAGGAUGCUACCCAAAAUCCCUCCUUGAGGAACCUGAGAGGAUGUAGAGGGAAAGGGACCCCUUGAGAGGACAACAGUUCCCUUGGAUGGACAUAAGCAGGAAUUUGAAAAUAAAAAAGGUUGUUCAUUUAGAGUAAAGCAUGGAUUGGAAGCCACUUGCUACUGAAAGAGUCUGCAAAUAAAAGAAGAUUUGAAUAAAACAAGCUUUCACUGGAUUUUGACUACUGCUGUGAAAUAAAGGAGAAUUUUUGAUGAAUUUCCUAAUGAAAAUCAAGGUGGAAAAAACAAUCCAGACAUACCCAAUUCCAUUUAACUGAGGUUCACUAAGGAUUAUGGAAACGGGGGAGUGACUCGUGGCGAAGAAAAGAACGACUAGGCAGUGAUGAUGUGACUGUCAGUAAGUCAUCAAUUUGACCACAGAUCAAUUAACUAUGAGGAAUAAAUCGACCCUCAGCACACCUGAAUAUUUCCACAGUGUUUCACUCUGGAUUUUAAUCUGAAGCAAUGAUGGGACUAGCUGGGCAGUUUGUCUAUAAAAGAACUGAAAGGAUUGGAAACCAUUUUAAAUCUUGAUGAAACAGACACAAACAGGUAUGAAAAAUUACUUUUCUCCUUUCCCUUCCAUGCACAAAAUAUCCUACUGCUGGCAGGUAGACGCUCAUGAGGUUUUUCAAAUGUUUGCAGAAUAUUUACAGUGUAUAAUUCCAGAUUCAGCACAAUGAAUAUGAAAUCCACUUGGUAUUCAUUCUUUAUUGCAAAUUUGCACACAUAAAGCUUUGAGCCAAUUGCACAUGGUCAUUUAUAGGAUAUAACUCUACUCUCUACGCUGCCCCAUUUUAUCUCUUAAUCUCUCCCUUUCUCACUUGCAUACACACACUUGUUUUAAAAACUGCAUUGCAAGUGUGACACUGGAGCCAUUACGUAAGACUGAAAUUAACAGGCCAAAAUCAUGUAAACAACAAAUAGAAGCAUCAGCAUAACACUUUACUAAUGGGCACUGAUGGACUAAUUAAACCAAGUCAAGCAUUUGCAAAUGUUUAGGGACAGUUGUAAAUUACAUAUCACAGGGGUUUUAGUCUUGUGAAAUCAAUUAAACUUCAUUUGUACACUCAUUGCAGCUUGUGUCUUUUCCUACUGUCCUUGCGCUAGUUGGUUGGAGCAUGUCUGUCAAUAUGUGCAACAGACCAGACACACACAGACAGUUAUGUAUCAGGUUAAUGGAGUAAUCAGACCCCUGUAGAAGAGCAGGCAGCAGCAGGGAGGAGAACAAACAGAAGGACAUAAGACUUGGGUCUGUGGACAACCUGGUUACCAUGCCACGCAUAGAACCAGGGAGUCCAUCCAGAGGAACCAAUCUGUUGCAAGAACAGGAGAGCUCGAAAUGGAUCCAAUCAAGGAGAUAUCCUGCUUCAUCUAUCCCUGUCAGCACAAUAAGUGUCCAACACUGUCCAGUUCCACAAUCAACAAUUUUCUGGCUGGGUCUCCUAGGCUUUAUAGUGCUGCGGAGCGGACAAGUUGUGUCGGCAGGAGAGACAUGGGGCAUGGUGUCCAUCUGCCCCAUCCAUUGUGUGUGUCGAAACUUAUCAGAGUCUCUGAGCACAUUGUGUGUUAAUAAAGGUCUGCUUUUUGUGCCACCAAACAUCGAUCGCCGCACCGUGGAGCUGCGUCUUGCUGACAACUACAUCCUGGAAGUGGGAGGUGCAGACUUUGCCAAUAUGACGGGACUAGUUGAACUAACAUUGUCACGCAACACCAUACAUGCUCUAAAACCACUGGCCUUUGCUGAUCUGGAGAGUCUGCGUUCACUUCACCUGGACACCAAUCGUCUCACAGUAGUGGGACCUCAGGAUCUGACAGGUCUUAUUAACCUUCAGCAUCUCAUCGUCAACAACAAUCAGCUCAAAGAUGUUUCAGUGGAUGCUUUUGAUGACUUCCUAUUAACGCUGGAGGAUCUGGACCUUUCCUACAACAACCUUCGUAGAGUUCCUUGGGAAUCUAUUCAGAAUAUGGCUAGCCUGCACACCUUAAAUCUAGAUCACAAUCUAAUAGACCAGAUUGCUGAGGGUUCUUUCAGUGAGCUCUACAAACUCUCCCGACUGGAUAUGACCUCAAACAGACUGCAGACUCUUCCCCCUGAUCCACUGUUUUCCAGAUCCCAAAUUGGUGUUGUCAGUCCAACACCGUAUAAUUCCAUCACCAGCCUUAACUUUGGAGGGAAUCCCCUGCACUGCAACUGUGAGCUUUUGUGGCUACGACGACUGAUUCGGGAAGACGACAUGGAGACAUGUGCCACACCUGUUCAUCUGGCUGGUCGAUAUUUCUGGUCCAUCCCAGAGGAAGAGUUCACAUGUGAGCCUCCACUGAUCACCCGUAAUACCAACAAGCUUUGGGUGUUGGAGGGCCAACGAGCCACACUUAAAUGUAGAGCCAUUGGUGACCCUGAGCCAGUCAUUCAUUGGGUGUCACCAGAUGACCGUAUUGUUGCCAACUCCAGUCGUAUUCACUCACACUACAAUGGCACACUGGACUUUUUGGUGACCCGUGCCAGAGAUGAUGGCACCUAUACAUGCAUUGCCAUCAAUGCUGCGGGGGAAUCCACAGCUCUGGUAGACUUGAAGAUCAUCCCUCUUCCUCAUAGAGGGAAUGGUACAAUAACUCUUAUCAACCACAGAGACCCUGGAUCCUCCGAUAUUAGUACUGGCCGUGGAGGGGUUGAAGGAGCAGGGACUGGUGUGGUGACCGUACGGAAUGUGACUGGAGGCAAAGCAGAUACGGGAGAAAGAGGAAGUAGUAAUGGAGGAGCAGAAACCUUGGUAGGAGUUCUAGGUGUGACAUCCAAUACAGCUCAGAUUCGCUGGAAAAUGGGUCGAUCUUCAACACCUUUUUUGGUGUGGAUGUAUCAGAUCCAGUACAACAGCACAGCUGAUGAUGCACUUGUUUACAGAAUUCUGCCUCCAACCAGUAAUAGUUUCCUGCUGAAAAACUUGGUGUCAGGAGCAGACUAUAGCCUGUGCGUCUUGGCCAUAUUCGAUGAUGGCAUCUCCUCCUUGGCUACUACAAAGGUGCUGGGCUGCAUCCAGUUCAGCACUAAAGAGGAUUAUCCAGAAUGUCGUUCUCUGCACGCUCACUUCCUGGGCGGCACGUUGACAGUGAUGGUGGGAGGCGUGGUGGUAGUAACCCUUCUGGUCUUCACUGUGGCCAUGAUGGUGCGCCAUCGCGUCUGUGGAGAGUGUCGGGACGAUGCCAAUAGGCCGGGCAAGUUCUUUCCAGCCAAAGGGGUGGAUGUUUAUGCCCAAACGAACGGAAACAACAGUAUGAUGAUGGUGACAUUGCCAAGUGGACUCUUGGCCAAAAGAACAAAAGACAAACACACGCCCAGCUUUCUCCCAAAGCCUAAACAGAGCCCGGAGCCACACCAUGGCACACGCAAUGGGGGUGAGCGGGCAGUGAGGGAAAAAUGUUUUACUCCUCUCACACCAGAAAGUGAGAGAUUGACACUCUAUUACUCCCCAAGUAACACACUGCCCACCCCGACACAAAAUCGAGCAGGUAGGCUCAAGUUACGCAAGUCUCUGGAGAAAGACAGAGACAUGGACAGACACGUCUUGGACUCGCUUGCACCGACAAAAUAUGGAGAUGACGAAAGGGAAGGAGAAUCAGACUUGAGACAGACACUCAAAUCCAAGCGUAGCUGCUCUUUUGAUGUGGGUGAAAUCACCACCGCCACAUGUUACAGCUACGCUAAGCGACUGAGCGUUAUCUGGCCCCGACGUAGCCAGUCUUUACAUGGCAUGCUUGUCCACUGUGCCUCCACCAGCACGUCCAGCAUGGGUAACAGCGACCAGUACGGCCACGGCCUAACACAGAACAACCUACAUGCCUUUGCUUCCAGCAACUCCUCCAACUCCAACUCCAACUCAACUUCAAACAGUAGCAUGACCGUCAAUCCAAGAGACCUAGAGGAAAGCGUGGUGUAGAUAGUGAAAGAAAGAAUCCGCAGGCAGAGGGGGAAGUGACAUCUAGGAAAGGCCAAUCCUAACAAACUAGGUACUAUAAAACUAAUAAAAUACUAAAAAUAAUAAGAAAACAAAUUAUCAGGGGAGGGCAGGAUUGAUGAGAAGUAAUGCUCCUGACACAAAGGAUUGGCUAUUAUUUGAUGACCGCCAUUAUUUCGUGUCAUGAAGACAAAGAAUGACAAGAAGGUUUUAAGGACAGGCUUGUUUUUUUACGACAGGCCCAAGGCAUGGAGGAUUACAUCCUAAAGUGUCUGUUUCAACAAGAUUAAUUAACCAAUUAAUAAAUUAUUGAAUAAAUCAGCCGCUUUGUUUUGCAGAAGAAACACUACUCGAAUGUUAAUGAAGUGCUGAAAGGGGAAAAUAUAACACACACAAAAAUAAAAAAAAUAAUAAAUAAAAAAAAUUCAAACCCCAAAAAGGGAAUGCAUUAUUUGUUGAAAUUCAAAGCACAACAUGACUGGGUCCUCUAAUGAGGGAAAGUAUAUAAAUAUUCUGUAAGUUUAAGUUUUUUUUUUUUUUUGGUGGAUAUGUUUUUCAAUUAAUUGUAAAGAUGGAGGGACUCGCAGAACACUUCAACACACUGGUGUUUAAAAUGGGGGAACCAUUUGUUCAAAUGUCAUUGAAAAGUGAUCUGAAUUGUCAUAAUUGUUCUUGUCUGAUCAGCCUUUUUACAGAGUCAUAAAAAGAAUAAAAAGCUGUUCUGUAAAAAUGA